AUGCUUCGUCUCCAGCUGAGUGUAAAUCCGAAACUGCUUUCCAACACUUUGCAUCAAAUCCGGUGGGUAUCAAAAAGAGUGAAGUCGUCAAAAGUAAUAGGCAUUGAUUUGGGAACAACCAAUUCUGCGGUUGCGGUCCUAGAAGGGAACAAACCCAAGAUCCUUGAAAAUCAAAAUGGCGACCGCACAACACCCUCCAUUGUAGCUUUCACUAAAGGAGGCGAUGUUCUUGUUGGUGCCCCAGCAAAACGACAAAGAAUUGUCAACCAUGAGAAUACCUUUUAUGCAACUAAGAGAUUAAUUGGACGCAAAUAUAGUGACGAUGAGGUUCAAAAGGAUAUUCCCAGACUGCCUUACAAAAUCGUUGAGCAUGCCAACGGGGAUGCUUGGCUGCAAACAACCAUUGCGCAAGGUCUGUCAUAUUCACCUGCCCAGAUAGGGGGUUUUAUAUUACGCGAGAUGAAAAGGGUUGCCGAGCUACAACUAUCAGAAGAGAUAAAGAAUGCAGUUAUUACAGUUCCCGCCUAUUUUAACGACUCACAACGGCAAGCAACCAAGUUUGCAGGUCAACUUGUUGGACUGAAUGUCUUAAGGGUCAUAAAUGAGCCUACGGCAGCUUCAUUAGCUUAUGGUAUUGGAGGUAAGGACAAGAAAAGCGGUAUUGUUGCAGUUUAUGACUUAGGUGGCGGGACUUUUGACAUUUCGAUACUUGAUAUCGAAGACGGUGUAUUUGAAGUGCGAUCUACCAAUGGCGACACACAUCUUGGAGGUGAAGAUUUGGACAAUAUAUUAGUUGAGUUCAUUUUGAGGAAAUUCCAAAUGAAAUCGGGUAUCAAUCUUCGGCAAGAUAGACUUGCUGUUCAAAGAAUUCGUCAAGCUGCGGAGAAGGCUAAGAUUGAGCUAUCCCAUGUUAAGAGUACUACAAUUGAUUUGCCUUUCAUUACCGAAACUGAAAGCAUCAGUAUACCUCUCACAGAACAAGAACUUGAUGAGAUGAGCUCGGAUUUGAUUGAACGGACAAUACUUCCGGUCAGAAAGGCUCUCAAAGAUGCAGACUUAAAAGUGCAAGAUAUCGAUGAAGUCAUUCUCGUUGGUGGGAUGACACGAAUGCCUAAGAUAAGAAAUACUGUGGAGAGUUUCUUUGGUAUAAAACCAACUACUCAGGUUAAUCCCGAUGAGGCUGUGGCUCUUGGGGCUGCUAUUCAAGGUGCUGUCCUCUCAGGAGAAGUGAAGGAUGUGUUACUUUUGGACGUUACACCUUUGACUCUGGGAAUCGAGACAUAUGGGGGAUUGUUUUCACCGCUUUUGCCACGUAAUUCGACAGUGCCGUGCAGAGUUACUCAAAUGUAUUCAACUGCUAUAGAUGGUCAAAGCUCGAUAGAUAUCAAUGUUUAUCAAGGAGAACGGCCUUUGGUGCAGGAUAACAUAUUAAUUGGAAAGUUCAAACUGACUGAUAUUCCACCCUUACCAAAGGGCACACCGCAAAUUGAGGUAAUAUUUGACAUUGACGCCGAUGGAAUAAUCAAAGUAAGUGCAAGAGAUAAAGAAAGUGGGAAGAAAUCCUCUAUAACUGUGUUUGGAAAGGGUGACCUAACUGACGAAGAAGUUAAACGGCUGGUAGAGGAAAGUAAACAAACAACAGAUCAAGAUAAGGCAAAACUUAACUACUUGAAGUCGGUCAGCAAUUUGGAGUUGGUAGUAUUCGACACUGAGCAGGUUCUCAAGGAUAUCGAGAAAUUUGUGGAUACAAAUGAUGCAGCCACGCUUCAACGAAAACUUAACACCGUCAAAAAGAUGAUUGAUGAUUCGAGAAAAGGGGAUUUAUUUGACCAAAAUCUUAUCAAGGCAGCACAAGAAGAAUUACAGGAGGAAGCGUUGCAAGUUAUCCAGAAGGCAGCUGAAAGAAGUAAGGCACAACGAAAAGCUGAUAAUUGA